UAAUAGUUCAAUAACAAGUGUUUUCAUAAUUUCUUUCCAUAGAGGUUUCGUCUUUAGGUUCAAGAUAACGAUAAACCAUGUAUUGAUAUUUGUCUCUGCUGCACAUUGUGAUUUAUCUCUAAGCUAGCAAACUGAAAGCUGCGUGUUAUACAUUUCCAGUUUAAUACCAGUUAUAUAUCUACAGAUUCAAUAUUUAUGUUUACAAAAUGGACGUAGAGGAUUCCAUGGUUGCUAUGGUUUGACGCAGGACUAGCGUCAAUAUCGGAUCAAUAUUUAAACCAUAACAACCUGAAAACUACCUGAAGACGGUCACGAAAAUAUUUCCUCCGCUUUCACUCGACGAUUCUGCCAAAUUAUCGCUUCAGCUCAAGUCUUUUUACAUCCCGACAAGAGUCAGAGAACCCCUGAGAGUUAUUACAGCGAGAAAACACACUUUAAUUAUGGAAAAUGUAAGAUUUCAUAACGUUGAAAGUCCCCGUUGUUUCCAAUGUGCUUUGCCGUCGACAUUUUCAGAAACCUCACAGUUUACUGAUGUUUAUCAAAUCAUUUAGUCUCCUGUAACGAUAAGUAGGCCUACCAUUAAACAGUGUAACUAUCAGAUUAAGGUCAAGUAUACUGUGACGACUCAAUUAAUACAUCUUUGCAUUAAAAACUACCAAAAAUACACAUGCAUUCAUCAAAACUAGGCUAUAUGACAAUAUUAACAAAUAAAUGUUGUAUCUAAUACAAAUCAUUUAUAUUAACUUUUUAGGCUAUAUCACCCAGCUUCAAGCUGAAAUACAUUCAUAUUGUAACUUUGAAUCAAGCUAAUUAAAGUCACUCACUUUAACUUAGCAUUAUUUCCAUCAUAUACAUGUGCAAUAUUAUAUGUUCAAACAAUAAACAGACAUAUGCUUAUUAUAUAACAUUGUAAUCACGUCACAUAUGUGUCACUAAAGCACAAUAUUAACUGACAUGAGGGCCUAAAGGUGGCUCUUGUUUUGUUACCGGACCUGUCUCGUCUUGAGGAGGUUUUCAGACUUUGAUUAUGUUUCAUGUUUCUUCAUUUAUGAUUUUUAUCCAACAACCACAUCCAUCUUUGGCAAGUUAAUCUUCCAGCACAUAAAACUAUAACACAUUUGAUUUGUAUACUACGACAUGACAACAUACUUGAAAAAGGUCCAUCCUGCAUGUACUUGUAGAGCCUCAUCCUAACAUGAGUGUGUGUUGUUGCAGGGUCGAGUGCCCGUCCUCCCGCAGGACAACCAGACAGGAAGGAGAGUCUCUGCCCGCCAGAGGAGGCCUGCAGUCUGCAGACAGUGUUCCCUGCUGCAGGGACGACCAGGUGCCACAUACAAAGCGCCGGCGCCCUGCUGCUUCUGCAGACCUUCCCCAGAAAAGGAAGCAGACCUCCGCGGCUCUUCCUCCUAAACCUGCUGACCUGCCACCUGUCUCUAAUGUGGCCUCCAGCCCCCGGACCUCCAAUGCUCCCCUGCACCUCGAAGACCCUAUUAGGAUCCACAACCGCUCAGUCGAGGAGUACCAGCUCAUCUACCAUGAAGUUGUGGAUAACAUGCUGAGGUUCCCGGACGGUCGCCUGCGUCCAUAUAGUUUGGGUCUGGGUCGUCGUAUCAAGCAGAAGCUGUGGGAGCGACUGGACCGUCCGAUGUUCACAGAGACAGUGGAUGAAGACGGUCUGGUCCAUGUGGACGUGUCCUACGGUGCUGGAGUCCAGCCUCCGCUCUACAACGUGGAUGUUUCUGGUGAACCAGAGCCCGAAUAUCCACCAGCAAAAAGGGCAAAGCACUAAGACACACUCUCAUAAGCUGACAUGUCUAAUAAUACUGUGCUUUAAGUUUAGUUUAGUUUUUUUUUAAAGUAUGGCAGAUAAGUUUAAGUUUAUUAAGUGUAGAGAUACGUUUUUAGUGCCAAGCAUAAGUAUUAUGUGCUAAGUCUUUAGUUUUAAGUAUUUAGUAAUAAGUAUAAGUCUAAAGUGUUAAGAGUAAGUGUUUAGUUUAAGUUUUUAGUUAUAGUAAUUUGUUUGAAGUAUUUCAUAUUAAGUGUUACGUUUUUAGUGCCAAGCACAAGUAUUAAGUGUCAAGUCUUUAAUUUUAAGUAUUUAGUAAUAAGUAUAAAGUGUUAAGAGUAAGUGUUUAGUUUAAGUUUUCUGUUUAAGUACUAAGUUGAAGUAUUAAGUAUUAAGUAUUUAGUGUUAAGAGUAAG